UGUUGGUAGUUAUGGCACGGCAGCAUACGGUGAGUGCCGUGGCUGCUCGGAGGAGUGUGCUACCUGCUCAGAUCGUACAGCGUGUACAUCGUGUAAAAGCAAUCGGCUCCUACAAGGUAAUGCAUGCCAGGACAAGUGCUCUAAUGGAUACGUUCUGCUACAGCGCAACGUAGGUUCCAGUGUGAGUGUUCGACUUGUCGACAGUGCUACGUUCAACAUGGCUACACUGUCAGCUCAGCAAGGACGACUGGAAGUUCGAGAUGAGAAUGGAAAUUGGGGAACUGUUUGCAACAAGAGCUUUACUUUGACAUCUGCUAAUGUGGUGUGCCAACAGCUAGGUCUCGGCAUGGCUUCAGCGCUCACAAGUGGACGGUACGCAAUAGCAAAACGUGACGCGCCCAUAAAUCUGGGCUAUGUUAAAUGCACUGGUCAGGAGAGUUCCAUAUUUGAAUGUCCACUUAAGCGUCGUCAAGACACGCUGUGCACUCACUAUGAAGAUGUCGAAAUUCAAUGUGCUGGUCCAGACACUAGCAGAUCAUGUGUUGUACCGAACUGUCCACGUGGAUUCUACCUAGCUCAAGACAAGAAUAGUGACAUGACUAUUUGCCAAGCAUGUGAUACUGGCUGUGCAAGUUGCACUGCUACAUCUACUAACUGUUUGGAGUGUCCAUUUGGGCGGUUUCGCAAGCCAACGGGGACAAACGGCUCAAUCUGCGUAGCCACCUGCGGAAACGGCUUCUAUGGGAAUACUGUCAGCAAGCGUUGUCUACCCUGUGCUCAGUCUUGUAAGACUUGUGCUAACGGUGGAAACAGCAAUGUGUGCACCAGCUGUGCAAGUCAACAAUUCUUGAAGGAUGGUAGUUGUGUGGCAUCAUGUCCUGAUUGGGAGAUUCGACCCACUACUCGACUACUGAACUCCACAGCGACACGGCUAAAGGGUCUCAUCGAAGUCUAUUACCAGGGUGUAUGGGGACCCAUUUGUCGUGACAAAUUUACAACGGUGGAUGCCAACGUUGUAUGUCGCUCUUUGGGCCUGGGACGUUCUCUACGAAGUACGUACCGCAGCUCAUCGUAUGCUGGAAGCAAUAUCCCUGCUCGGUCUGGCGAUACCAUGCUGGACGAAGUGGCAUGUAUCGGCAAUGAGACGGAUGUCCGAUCAUGCUCUCACGACGGAUUUCGGACGCAUAACUGCCUUCCCUCGGAAGAUGUCGUAAUCCAAUGUUCUGGACCGUAUGUACCUCCCAGUGAGCUUAUUCAGUGUGUCAAGCAAUGCCCAGAUGGAACAUUUCAGGAACGGCUAGACAAACUCUGCAUUGCUUGUUCAGCUGAUUGCCUCGGUUGCCGAGAUCAUGCUAGUGUGUGCACGAGCUGCAGACGAGGGAAAUACCUAAUUGGUACGUCGUGUGUCACGGACUGCCCCAGUCACAUGUUUGCCAAUACACUGACGGGAAUGUGUACACGGUGCUCGUUGAAUUGUGAAACAUGUGGAGAUGGACAACGGAACAACACGUGCACAAGCUGUAAAGAUUCCAAGCUGCUGAGUGGCACAUCGUGUGUACAAGCUUGUCCGCCACCAACUCUGGCACUGAACGGUCGCUGUGUAACAAAGUGUCAAGAUGGCUACUAUCCAGAUAUCCAGGAGCAGACCUGCCUAAAAUGUACCUCCAACUGCACGCUGUGUACUAGCCAAGCACAAUGUACAAGAUGUGCACUGCCAUAUGCGGAACAAAACGGUCAAUGCGUACUGCAAUGCUCGCCAGGCAGAGGAGCCGAAGACGUUGUUCCCACGAAUUCUCUUGUUCGACUUGCCGGCGGUACCUCCGACCAAGGUAGAGUGGAAGUCUAUUUUGGUUCUCGCUGGGGAACCGUAUGCGAUGACUACUGGAGUAUAACCAAUGCGAGAGUGGUGUGCAGACAGCUAGGUUUCAACAGGGUCGUCAGAUCACGCAUUUCGUUAUCCGCUAAUAACAUUCAACCAGCACACAACGAUGACCCGAUAUGGAUGGACAAUGUUCAAUGUCAAGACAGUGAUGCUUCUCUAUUCAACUGCUCUCACCACGGCUGGGGAAGGACAGAUUGCUCGCACUCGGAAGAUGUAGCCAUUCAGUGCGGCGGCAGUUCAGCUAAGCGCUGUGUGAGCGUCUGCUCCGACGGACUGUACGGAACUCCAUUGAGCACAUGUAAGCGAUGCUCUGGUAACUGUAGAACCUGCAUAAAUACGGCAUCAACAUGCACUGGUUGUAAUACAGAGACAUUCCUGUACAAUUCCGAGUGCAUCACACAAUGUCCACGGGGAUUUUUCAAGGACUACAGGCUCCAAAAAUGCUCAUCGUGUGAUGGCAGCUGCUUAUCAUGUGCUUCCAGCGCCAGUUCCUGCACCAGUUGCCACCCGGGAUACUAUCUUGAAAACAACACCUGCACAGCACAAUGUGGUCCCCAACGCUUUGCACUCGACUACAAAGCAUCUGUACGACUGGUCAAUGGCAAAACUCCACUGGAAGGCCGUGUGGAAAUGUUUCAUAUGGGCAAGUGGGGAUUCGUUUGUGAUGACUACUGGUCGCUAGCCGAUGGUGAGGUGCUGUGCCGGCAGCUGAACUAUGGCCCAGUUAUCGCUGUAUUCUUUCGCAGCUACUUUGGUAGCAACGAUACGCAGUCAAUUGUACUGGAUGACGUACGAUGUACGGGAAAUGAGACUCGUCUAGAGGACUGUGCUAGCCGCACACCCGGAACUCAUAACUGCUACCUCUCAGAAGUUGCCGGUGUACAAUGCGCUGGACCCAAUUCAGCACGUCGAUGUGUUGACCAGUGUCCCACUAACUACCGUGGUGUGCCCGGUGGGGUUUGCCAGCGAUGUGACUUCUCUUGUGCGGACUGUGUCAGCAACGCUCCUACCACAUGUACACAAUGCUACGAUGGAUUCUUUCUAGAGGGAGGCAAGUGCAAGGCAGCAUGCAGCUCCAACUUCUACAAUGUCAGUGCUGUGUGCAAUCAAUGCCAUUCAUCAUGCAGCAAGUGUAGUGGUCCAGCUGCAACAGACUGCACUGAUUGUCCGAAACCCAAGUAUUUGUCGGGAGGUCGCUGUCAAGACGCUUGCACUGGCUAUACACUGCAUAAGGAGAUGUCGCAGGGUAUUCGACUGGCCAAUGGCACGGCUCGAUCUGGUCGUGUUGAAGUCUACAACUCCAACACCGGGCAAUGGGGUACAGUUUGCGAUGACCAGUGGACACUUCAUGAUGCUACUGUUGUUUGUCGUCAACUGGGCCUUGGUCCACCCGUUGCUACAAUCAACCAACACAACAGAUCACGCACUACAACAUACUACAACCAGAUCACAAACCUCUCCAUUCCUAUCGUGCUGGAUGACCUUCACUGUAAGGGCUCAGAACCAACCUUGUUCGACUGCAAUCAUGCUGGAGUGAACAGUCAUAACUGCCAUCAUAGAGAGGAUGCUGGUGUUAUCUGCUCACCACCGCUAGUGUCUGCGCCUAUCUGUCUGCCUACUUGUGACACUUCGCAGGGAUACCGUGUGAAAGAUGCGGUAGCACGUACAUGUGAAAAGUGUGCAGCGACAUGUAAACGCUGCAGCACGGGAAGUGCCACCGUAUGCGAAGAAUGCAUCGAGGGAAGAUUCCUGAGUGCGUCUGAAAGUGGGCAGUGUGAAAUCAAAUGUGAAGAUGGUUUCCAUGGUGACACAACUGACGGUACAUGCCAGCCAUGUAAUGAGAAAUGUGAUGGCUGUUUCAAUGGAGCACGUGAUGAUAUCUGUAUUCGCUGUAAUACCACACUGGACUUGGUCCUGGAUGGCACACAAUGUGUAUCAGCUUGUCCAGCCGGAAAACGACCAGUGCGCGAAACCUACCAGAAGAAUUUAACAAACAUCCGCCUACAAGGCACUCAGCAAGUGCUACAACUCUACAUCAACUCUAAAUGGAUUCCGUUCUGCUCUAGCAGAGGAGAGUGGGAUCGCUACGCAGCCAGCGUUGUGUGCAGGCAGCUCGGCAUGGGUUUACCAACACGAUACUCCACGUCUCUUGUUCGCGCAUUCAACCAGCUUCAUGUGAACUUUCUGCGCUGUCUCGGUACAGAAGCCAACAUAUUUGAAUGCCAGAUGCAAACCAAAGCCUCUGUCUACAGUUGCUAUCAGGCAUCUGUACAGUGCAACGCAUCUCUUGAGGCAUACGAUGAGGAAGUGUGCACAACUGUUAACGAUAAACCAUGCUCGAAUGGAUUAUGCGAAGCAGCAGCUGGAUGCUUCAACACUACUAAGAUCGCCGGCUAUAAAUCAGCGUGCUGGGAGUGCCCGAAAAACUAUGUGGGAGAUGGACAAGACUGUAGAACUUAUGCCCUUGAGCCACACAAACUGGUGUUGACACCACGCAACCGAUCAGCUGUGGUGAACCAGACAGCAGCGGUUGUACUGUCCUGUGGUGCAAAUGCAAGCAGUAUAAUCAACUGGUUCCAUGAAACACGCAGACUAAACCUACUGCCGGUGCAGACUACCACCUUGGAUUACAUCCGUCCUCGGUUCACCUACAAGCUGAGCGCUACUGGAUCUCUGUUACUGGGACGUAUACAGCUGUCCAUGCAGGGAAAAUAUCAAUGUUUCUCCAAGACCACACAGCUAAAACUAUCAGCAAGCGCCUAUGUGAAUGUGCUCAGUCCAAUUCCCAUUGCUAUUCGCCCGUUUAAUCAAACGACUGUGGUUGCUGAAGCUGCUGAGUUUACACUGAGAUGCCAGGCUACUGGUGUUCCCACUCCAACGAUAACAUGGUCACGUAGCAAUGGGGGAGCUGUAGAAAACAACGGCGUCAAGUAUACAGUGACGAAUGACAGCUUGAUCCUGCUCAAUCCGACGCUCGCUGACACGGACACAUACACUUGCAGUGCCAGUAACAAUUUCUCUACAGCAUCUGCAUCCACAGUUGUCCGUGUGAAAGGUGCACCACUUUUCUCCCGCACACCUCCACUAGAGGGCAUUGUCCUGGAUGAGAACGAGGCUAUCGUACUUACCUGUGGCAUGGAGAACUUUACGGAUACAGUCAUCUACUGGCUGUAUCCACGAUCUGUCUAUCAGCCUGAAAGCCGUGUCUUUGUCGCCGAGAAUGCAAACGGUCCGACAUCAACUCUUACAAUUCGCGGAGCUGUUAGCGGUGACAGCGGCCUGUACACAUGCAGUGCAAAGAACAGCGCAGGACAAGUGGACUAUCAAAUUCCCGUCACUGUCAGAUCUACUAUGGUCAUGGUCAAUCAGACAGUGUCACUGGAGUGUGCUGAUUACUAUGUCUCAGCGGAUCGCAGAGUGCUCUGGAGCGUUCUCAGAGCCGAUAGACGCACAAACGUUGCCUUCAACGAACGCUACGUUCAGAACGGCUCUCACCUGACUAUCACUGGCUUGCAAGUGGGAGACGGUGGACAGUACGAGUGUCUGUUGGUGGAUGUGUACGAUACAGAACUGUCGCGUCGCGAAACCACUUUGGUCGUGCUUGGUCCGCCUGUGUUGACACCAGCGCCGGCCAGCCCUAACUUCACAAUCACGGCUGCCAAUGCAUCGAAAACUAUUGUCUUGGACGUUAUCAUUCAAAGUUCAACGCCGGUGUCGGUGGUGUGGAGAAGAAACGGCGUGGUCGUGAAUGACGCACACGCUAAGCAGCUGUCAAACUACUCCCUGAUGAUCUGCGGUGUGCGGCCCGCCGACUAUGGCAACUACACUGUAACGGUCUCCAACAACCUGGGAUCCGACUAUCUAGACAAUGCACAGAUUGCAGAGCGACGGGUAGCGCCCACUGUUCCGCCGACCAGUACUGACGGCGGCUCAGGCAACGGUGCUACCAUUGCCAUUGCAGUUGUGUGCACACUGCUGGGGCUGGCCCUGAUCGCUGUGCUUGUCGCGGUCGUGUACAGGCGACGUAGGGACCUGAAGAACUUUGACGUGAAGAACGGAGACAGGAAGAAAGUCGGUAAGGGCCCGCAGGCACCGCGCACCACUGCGGCCUUUGUCAGCGACGCACCAGACUCCAUGGCCAUUGGAAACCGAUUGGCUGGUGACGAUGGCGACGAUGGCUUUGCCAGAGUGGGCCGCUCGGUGGCAACCAGGUCACCGCAGGAUGUGCCGCAAGUCAAGCUAGAUCCCAACGAGGAUAAAGCACGUUACAACAGCGGUGUUUCCGACACGCUACAUACAUGUACAGACGUGUGAGUGAGAUGGUGUACGAUGAACUCGUCUGUGUGUAUUUGAAUUGCAUCUAGAAAACCACGUUCCGGUAGUGGCAGGCACAGUCCUCCUCUAGCCCUCCCCAGCUCCAAUAGUUCACGUGCAUGUUUGACAACUCCCAUAUUCUCCUAACCAAAUAUCUGGUUUAGCCCCCUCCCCCCAACCCCUACCCUAUCAUAUUGCCGUCCUGUCAGGUUUUCUUGAUAUAAAUAUUCAACAUCUCCAAUGGCAUUCUGAAUGUUUGAACCCUGGCUCGCUGCUCCUGCUGCUGAAACAAUCGCGUGGCGCAAAUCUCGUC